AUGUCGUCUGCAGCCUGCAUCUUCUGCAAGAUCAUCAAGGGUGAUAUUCCUUCAUUUAAGCUAUUCGAAAAUGACAAGGUGUUUGCCUUUCUCGAUAUCCAGCCCUUGAGUCGGGGACACGCUCUUGUUAUCCCUAAGUUCCAUGGUGCUAAGCUCACUGAUAUUCCUGAUGAGGAUUUGUCUGAAGUCUUGCCCGUCGCAAAGAAAAUCGCCCAAGCAUCUGGUGCUACCGAUUUCAAUGUUCUUCAGAACAAUGGCCGCAUCGCUCAUCAGGUCGUUGAUCAUGUCCAUUUCCACAUGAUCCCCAAGCCAAAUGAGAAAGAAGGUCUGGGCAUUUCGUGGCCUGCGCAGGCAACCGAUAUGGACAAACUGAAGGCGUUGUUCGAGGAGAUCAAGGGUAAGAUCUAA